AUGGAUAUUUAUUUAGAAUUUGAUGAGUCAUUUGAUGGUAUCAUUUUUGCUGAUCAUGCUUAUAAUGAUAGCGGUUGCCGUUGGGAAGGUCAACACAGUACCCAAAUAAAUUUUAGUAUUCCUAUUUUUGAAUCAAAUGGAAGUUAUGCUUGUGGAAUUAGAAUGCUACAGGCAACAGGUGAAGUAACCUCAAUGCUAAUUCUUAGCCCAAUGAAGCAUAUUCUAGUAGAUGGUGUGACAAGUUUACAAAUUCGUUGCAUGUAUGUGACAAAUGAUAUUACCGUCACUAUGGCUGGUUUACAAAUUGUUGGAAUGGAAGAACAAACCGGUAUUGUAACCGGAACCGGAAGCGUGCCAGCAUUACAAAUUCAAAUUCUUGAUGGGCACGGAAUUAUUGGUGAUGCUGUUAGGCAUGCUAGAGUUGGACAACCGUUAACACUUGAUAUUGUUCUUGAAAACACAGAAAUUUAUGAUUUUUACGCGCAUUCGUGUAUAGCUCACGAUGGUAGUAAUAAUGCAGAUGCACUGGUGCAAAUUAUUGAUGCAAAUGGAUGUGGAAUAGGAUUAUCACGAGCAAUCGAAUUACCAGUUUAUAUGACAUCUUCUAGUAAUGGUAGUCCGAAACAUGUUUACAUUUACAUGUAUGGUUUUCAGUUUACAUCAACACAAUUUGUUUAUUUCGAAUGUCAAAUAAGGCCAUGUAUACAUUCAUGUAAACGACAGCAAUGUGAAGUAAAUAAAACAGCGUUAAUCGAAACAACAGCAACACCAAUAACAAUAACACGAACAACAACAGCAAUGGCAAUAACAGCAACAACAACAACAACAACAAAUAUAAUAAAAACAACAAAAUCAGCAGCACGAUUUCGUCGUGAAACACAAGUGAAAGUAGUAAAAUUACUUACAAUUUUAGAAAUGAUGCCAUCAGGACAAAUAUACGCUGCUAAAUUCCAUUCAAAUCCGAAAAAAAAGUUACCAGCAAAUUUAGGAACAACUUCUUCACAAUUAUCUCUUCUCAUUGCACUAUUCAUUACGUUAGGUUCAGUGCCAACCAUAGCGAUAAUGGUAUGUUAUGGAAUUAUUAUACAUCGACGACAGCAAACUCUCAACGUUCAAUGA